AAACUCUCCUCAUUGAUCUGAGAAAGAAAUAUAAACAUCAAAGGGAGCUUUUUUUAAACGUGCGCAGGAGGACAGAAGGCAUCACCUGAAGGACGCAGGGGCAGGAUGGAAAAGUGAUGUGCAGGUUACAGGUGCGGGGAAGCUGCGAUUGACUGAACGCACGGGAGCCCCGAUUCAACUCGGCAAUUCAACUCGACAUUCUUUUACUAUCACCACACACACAAGUGUGGGACCAGAAGUGACAUAAACGAACAAUUCCGCAAACAAAAGCUCUUACCGGACGUUUGGAACGAACAGGCUGCAGCGGCGGCUCUUGCGCACCGCAGCGGGAGGACACGGGACAGAGGACGGCUCUCCGGGCACUUGUUGUCCACUUGUGCCGUGUUGGGACCAUGUUCAAGGAGUCUUGGAGCGGAUCGAUGUGGCGCGCCACAUGGAUUUUAUUUUUCCGCUUACUCCUCAUCCACUGCGCAAACGCUCAAGAUGAUGUGCCGCCAUACUUUAAAACGGAGCCAGUGCGAAGCCAGCUCCAUCUGGAACGAAACAGGCUGGUGCUGACCUGUAUGGCUGAGGGUAGCUGGCCCCUGGAAUUCAAGUGGAUCCACAACAGCACGGAGCUGACCCGAUUCUCACUAGAGUACAGGUACCAAAUCCCCUCGUUGGAUCGGUCCCAUGCUGGUUUCUACCGCUGCAUCGUCAGGAACCGGGUGGGAGCCCUACUACAGAGACGCACAGAAGUACAGGUGGCCUUUAUGGGCAGUUUUGAAGAGGGGGAACGUGCUCAGUCUGUCUCUCAGGGAGAUGGUGCUGUUAUCCCCGCACCUCGUAUUCGCAGCUUCCCGCAGCCACAAGUGACCUGGUUCCGAGAUGGACGCAAGAUUCCACCCAGCAGUCGCAUUGCCAUUACUCUGGACAACACCCUGGUUAUCCUGUCUACAGUGGCACCGGAUGCUGGACGCUACUAUGUGCAGGCGGUGAAUGAUAAGAAUGGCGAGAACAAGACCAGCCAGCCCAUCACCUUGUCUGUAGAGAAUGUGGGAGGUCCAGCAGACCCCAUCGCCCCCACUAUCAUCAUCCCCCCGAGGAACACGAGUGUGGUGACGGGCACAUCAGAGGUCACAAUGGAGUGUGUAGCCAAUGCCAGGCCUCUUAUAAAGUUGAGCAUCUCGUGGCGGAAGAAUGGCGUGCUGGUGAGCAGCGGUUUGAGUGACUUCAACCGCAGGCUCACCAUCCUGAGUCCUGUGGCAAGUGAUGCAGGUUUCUAUGAGUGUGAGGCCGUUCUGCGCAGCAGCAGUGUGCCCUCCGUCAGCGCAGGUGCCUACCUGCACGUGCUAGAGCCACCACAAUUUAUGAAGGAACCAGAAAAACAUAUCACAGCUGAGAUGGAGAAGGUGGUGGACAUUCCCUGUCAGGCACGAGGAGUGCCUCAGCCAGAGAUCGUGUGGUACAAGGAUGCUUUACCCAUCAAUCCGGUGAAGACGCCCAGGUACAGAGUGCUGGUGGGGGGCAGCCUGCAGGUUAAUGGGCUCCUGCCUGAUGAUACAGGGAUGUUCCAGUGCUUUGCCAGAAAUUUGGCAGGCGAAGUACAGACCAACACCUACCUGGCUGUUACCAGCAUUGCCCCAAAUAUCACAGCCGGACCCUCUGACAGCACUGUGAUCGACGGCAUGUCAGUCAUCCUGCACUGUGAGACCUCUGGGGCUCCGAGACCGGCUAUCACCUGGCAGAAAGGUGAACGUGUGCUGGCUAGCGGGUCAGUGCAGCUGCCCAGGUUCACUCUCCUUGAGUCAGGCAGCCUGCUCAUCUCUCCCUCCCAUAUCUCUGAUGCCGGCACCUACACUUGCAUGGCAAGUAACUCGCGGGGCAUCGACGAAGCAUCUGCCGACCUUGUGGUCUGGGCUCGCACCCGUAUUACAACCCCCCCACAGGACCAAAAUGUUAUCAAAGGAACGAAAGCUGUCUUGACCUGUGGAGUCACACAUGACCCCAGUGUAACUGUCAGGCACGUGUGGGAGAAGGAGGGUUCUGUGGUCAAUGUCCAGUCCAUCCCACGUAUGCGUCAGGAUGCUGACGGCACUUUACACAUCUCCCAAACCUGGUCCGGUGACAUCGGGACGUACACUUGCAAGGUCACGUCCGUCGGUGGCAACGACUCCCACAACGCGCACCUCCGCGUCAGACAGCUGCCCCAUGCCCCGGACAAUCCUACCGCGGUGCUGAGCGCGUUGGAAAAGAGAGCCAUCGACCUGGCCUGGGCCAAACCGUUUGAUGGCAACAGUCCCCUCAUACGCUACAUCCUGGAGGUUUCUGAGAACAAUGCUCCCUGGGCCAUCCUGCUGGCCAACAUUGAGCCAGAGUCCACGGCAGUGACGGUCAAUGGCUUGAUCCCUGCUCGUUCUUAUCAGUUCCGCCUCUGUGCUGUUAAUGAUGUGGGAAAGGGACAGUUCAGCAAGGAGACAGACCGUGUUUCUCUGCCAGAAGAACCCCCAAGUGCUCCACCACAGAACGUCAUCGCCAGCGGUAGGACCAACCAGUCCAUCAUGAUCCAGUGGCAGCCACCUCCAGAGAGCCACCAGAAUGGCAUUCUUCGGGGCUACACCGUUCGGUAUCGCCUUACAGGGUUGCCGGUUGACUACCAGAUCAAGAACAUUUCCAGCCCAGAUGUGACCAACUUGCUGCUGGAAGACCUCAUCAUCUGGACAAACUAUGAGAUUGAGGUGGCCGCCUACAAUGGGGCGGGUUUGGGCACUUUCAGCCAUAAGGUCACUGAGUGGACACUGCAGGGAGUACCCACCAUUGCCCCUGGCAACGUUCAGACCGAGGCGGUUAAUUCGACAACCAUCCGUUUUACAUGGACAGCCCCAAACCCUCAGUUUAUCAAUGGCAUCAACCAGGGAUACAAGUUGUUAGCCUGGGAGCCAGAGAGAAGAGAUGAAGAGGUUGCCAUGGUAACGGUGCGACCCAACUUCCAGGACAGCGUACACGUGGGAUACGUGUCAGGUCUGAAAAAGUUCACUGAGUACUACACGUCCGUGUUGUGUUUCACCACGCCGGGCGACGGCCCCCGCAGUCCACCCAAAGCCCUGAGGACGCACGAGGACACCCCUGGUGCUGUGGGUCACUUGAGUUUUACAGAGAUUCUGGACACCUCUCUAAAGGUCAGCUGGAGUGAGCCGAGUGAGAAGAAUGGAGUUCUCACAGGUUACCGCAUUUCAUGGGAGGAGUACAACCGAACAAACACCAGAGUCACCCACUACCUACCGAAUGUCACCUUAGAGUACAGGGUCACGGGUCUCACUGCUCUCACCACCUACACCAUUGAGGUAGCAGGAAUGACCUCCAAAGGACAAGGCCAGCUCUCUUCCUCCACCAUCUCCUCUGGUGUCCCACCAGAGCUUCCUGGACCUCCAACCAACUUGGCGGUUUCCAACAUCGGCCCGCGAUCUGUCACCCUGCAGUUCAAACCCGGCUAUGAUGGCAAAACUUCCAUUUCUCGUUGGCAAGUAGAAGCUCAGGUGGGUGUGGUUGGAGAAAAUGAAGACUGGGUGAUGGUUCAUCAGGUGGCCAAUGAGCCUGAAGCUUGGUCUUUAGAAGUUCCAGGACUCAACCCUUACACCUUCUACAGGUUCCGUAUGCGUCAGGUGAAUAUUGUAGGUACGAGUCUUCCCAGUCAACCUUCCAGGAAGAUCCAGACCCUGCAGGCUCCUCCGGACAUGGCCCCUGCUAAUGUCACUCUGCGCACCGCUAGUGAGACCAGCCUGUGGCUACGAUGGGUGCCUUUGCCCGAAUGGGAAUACAAUGGGAACCCAGAGCUGGUGGCCUACAGGUUGCAGUACUCCCGUGUCGGCUCACAGACCCGAGCUCUGACGCAUGUGAUUGCUGACCGUCUGGAGAGAGAGUUUACUAUUGAAGACCUGGAGGAGUGGACGGAGUAUGAAGUCCGAGUCCAGGCCAUCAACGGCAUUGGAACAGGGCCCUGGAGCCAGCCGGUCAGCGGCAGGACGAGGGAGUCUGUUCCCUCCUGUGGUCCUACCAAUGUUUCUGCCUUUGCCACCACCUCCAGCAGCAUCCUGGUGCGCUGGUUUGAAGUCCCUGAACCAGACAGGAACGGGCUUAUUUUGGGCUACAAGGUGGUCUACAAAGAGAAGGACUCAGAUAGUCCAGUCCACUUAUGGAUAGUGGAGGGGAAUGCCAGUCACAGUGUCCAGCUGACUGCUCUGGGAAAAUACGUGCUCUAUGAGAUCCAGGUUCUGGCUUUUACACGGAUUGGAGACGGAAGGCCCAGUGUUCCACCCAUCCUAGAGAGGACUUUGGAUGAUGUGCCAGGACCUCCAGUGGGCAUCCUGUUCCCUGAAGUGCGGCCGACCUCAGUCCGACUCAUUUGGCAGUCUCCCUCAAAGCCGAAUGGCAUUAUACUUGCGUACCAGAUCACAUACCACCUCAACUCCACCAACAGCAAUGGAGCCACUGUCAACGUGCUAAACCCCAGCGCUCGUCAGUACACGGUGACUGGCCUCAAACCUGAGGCCAUCUAUGUGUUUCGCAUCACAGCACAGACGCGGAAGGGCUGGGGCGAGGCUGCGGAGGCGCUGGUGGUCACCACCGAGAAAAGAGUUCAUCCCCAGCCCACCAGCCGUCCCAUGGUGCUUCAGAAGGAUGUCCAGGCACGCCAGGUUUUGUUGUCAUGGGAACCCGGCAGUGAUGGGCUGUCCCCUGUUCGUUACUACACAGUCCAGCUGAGGGAGCUUCCAGAGAGCAACUGGACUGUCCACUCCGCCUCUGUUAACCACGAGGCCACCUCAUACAUCGUAUCAAGGCUGAAACCCUUCACCUCCUACCAGUUCAAAGUAAAGGCCACCAACGACAUAGGAGACAGUGAAUACAGUGAAGAAAGUGAAGCAAUCACAACUCUACAGGAUGCACCUGAUGAAGCACCCACAGUUCUCUCUGUCACACCCCACACAACGACAUCGGUGCUGAUCCGCUGGCAGGCCCCUUCUGAGGAAAAGAUCAACGGAAUCCUCCUGGGCUUUCGGAUUCGAUACCGGGAGCUGCUAUAUGAUCGUCUACGCAGUUACUCUGUUCGCACCAUCAACAGUCCCUCCACCACUUGGACUGAGCUCACUGCUCCGUACAGCAUUCGAAAUCUGAGUGAUCUGACCCUGACCCAGUACGAGCUGGACAAGCUCAGCAAACACAAGCGCUAUGAGAUUCGUAUGAGUGUCUACAAUGCAGUGGGUGAGGGGCCAAGCAGCGCACCACAAGAGGUGUUCGUGGGCGAAGCAGUGCCCACAGCGCCUCCACAGAAUGUGAUCAUUCAGUCGGCAACAGCGACCCAGCUGGAUGUGACCUGGGAUCCUCCUCCUGUGGAUGCUCAGAAUGGAGACAUCCAAGGCUACAAGGUUUACUUUUGGGAGUUCCAGCGCAAGAAUGAAACAGAGCGGUUGAGAACUCUGUUCAUGCCAGAAGGGGGCGUAAAGCUGAAGAACCUGACCGGAUACACAACCUACAUGAUCAGUGUGGCCCCGUUCAAUGCAGCUGGGGAUGGACCCCGUAGCCCUCCAACAAGGGGACGUACACAACAAGCAGCUCCCAGUGCUCCCAGCUUCAUCCAUUUCAGUGAGCUUACCACCACCUCAGUCAACGUGUCCUGGGGUGAACCAACCUACCCCAACGGGAUCAUUGAUGGCUAUCGUCUGAUCUAUGAACCAUGCACACCGGUAGAUGAGUCUUCAGUGGCCUGUGCCGACUGUCUUCACUCCCCCUCCCCCCCAGGCAUCAGUAAGACAGUGACAGUGGACAUGAAGGGGAGCGGCCCACUCUGGCUGAAGCUGAAAGACCUGGCCAAUGGCAUCACAUACAAUUUUCGGAUCCGGGCCAAGACGUUCAUCUACGGGCCUGAGGUGGAGGCCAACAUCACCACUGGCCCAGGAGAAGGAGCCCCAGGACCCCCCGGAGAACCCUUUAUCACACGGUAUGGUUCAGCCCUGACUAUCCACUGGGCCAGCGGAGACCCAGGCCGUGCUCCUAUCACACGCUACGUCAUCGAGGCCAGACCAUCAGAUGAGGGUUUGUGGGAUAUUCUAAUCAAGGACAUUCCUAAAGAAGUAACAUCUCACACAUUCAACAUGGAUAUACUGAAGCAAGGGGUCAGCUAUGACUUUCGGGUAAUUGGAGUGAACGACUAUGGCUACGGCUCUCCAAGUUUACCGUCUCCUUCUAUAUCAGCCCAGAAAGUUGCACCAUUUUAUGAGGAGUGGUGGUUCCUGGUCGUGGUGGCUCUGGUGGGCCUCAUCUUCAUCCUCCUGCUGGUUUUUAUUCUCAUAAUUAGAGGACAAAGUAAGAAGUAUGCAAAGAAGUCUGAAUCAGGAAACAACUCCAACUGUAAUGCUCUUACCCACGGAGACAUGGUCAGUCUAGAUGAAGGACGCUUCCCUGCUCUGGAGCUCAACAACCGACGCCUGUCAGUGAAAAACUCUUUUUGCCGUAAGAAUGGCAUCUACACCAGGUCUCCUCCCAGGCCCAGUCCCGGUAGUCUCCACUAUUCUGAUGAAGACGUCAGUACAACGAAGUACAACGACCUGAUCCCCGCUGAGAGCAGCAGCUUGACCGAGAAACCAUCCGAGAUCUCGGACUCGCAGGAGGCGCUGGUGUUUUCAUAUGGGACAGGUGGCCUACAUGCACUUCCACUGCAUUUGGGCAGUGACAGCGAGUACGAGGUCGACCCCAACCGACAGAAGACGCACUCCUUUGUCAACCACUACAUAAGCGACCCUACUUACUACAACUCCUGGCGCCGCCAACAGAAAGGCAUAUCGCGGGCACAGGCUUACAGCUACACCGAGUCUGAGUCGGGAGACCCGGAUCACUGUGCCCCGCCGCCCUUGCCUCCUCUACCGCCACUGCCACCCCAGAUCAGUUCACCGAGCCCCCAGCCUCAUCAGCCCCAAGGUCAACCCCAAGGCCAGGGUAGCCUCUUCAGGCCUAAAGGUAGCCGGACUCCCACCCCCUCCCAGCAGAGCUCCAACCCCCCAAGUCAGCACAGCACCCUUUACCGGCCCCCUAGUAGCCUAGCGCCUGGGUCUCGGGCUCCCAUUGCUGGAUUCUCCUCCUUUGUGUGAAAAAUACUGAAAAGUACACUGAAAUCUCGAGAAAUGUCAGUCCAAAUUAUGCCGAAGGUGAACAUAAAGUUACGUAACACACACUCAGUCCAAUCACUUGAGUCUUUGUUUCAUGACUUUCUUAGUUUCUUUUUCUUGAGGGUUUUCUUUUUUUGCACGUUAUUUUUUUUUUUUCCUUCAGUCUUGGCUGGACAAAUGCGGAACAAUACUAUGAGAAUUCCUGGAGUGCAUUUUUUUGUGUGUAGAUGCGUACUCUUUAAUUUUCAGAACCACUUUCAGUUGUGGAGUUAUUGCAUGGCUUUUUCUUAUCGUUUAUGUCCCUUUUCCUUCACCAUAUUUCUUUGUACACAUUCAAACACUCACAAUCUGAGUCUGUAAAAAGUCACAGCAAUCUUUCAAAAUACACACAUGUAUAUCUAUAUGCAUACACACACACACACACACACACACAUAUAUAUAUACAUAUAUAUAUAUAUAUAUAUAAUGGUAUAUAU